CCAGUGAGCGAUGUCUCACUCAUUCGGUGCGUUUGCGUCGGUGUGUAGGUCGCAGUUCGGCACUAUGGUUUACGAAGUGAAAGGCAAAGUGUUUUUGGUUACCGGUGCGGCCAAUGGUAUUGGUGCCUGGUUCGUCAAGUAUGUCUCCGAAGAAGAUCCUAAGCACGUAGCCAUCCUUGAUGUUAACGAAAACCUAGGUGUUGAGUUGCAAAACGAGUUGAACUCCAAAUAUGGCGCUAACAAGGCUAAAUUCUACAAAUGUGACGUCACGGAUGAGGAGCAGCUCUUCAGCAUAUACAAAUCAGUGGUGGACUCGCAAGGAGGCCUGGACGUGGUCGUGAACAAUGCUGGCAUCAUGAACGACAGUCUGCAGACUUAUAAAAAGGAAAUAGCUAUCAAUAUGACUGCCCUAGUCACCAGUACCUUGAAGGGUUUGGAGUUGAUGCGCAAAGACCAUGGAGGCCGAGGUGGCUGCAUCAUUAACAUCUCCUCGAUAGCUGCUCUGCACCCUUCGCCGAUCUUCCCGAUUUACUUCGCUACCAAGAGCGCGGUUCUGCAGUUCGGGAAUUGUCUUUCUGACGACAUAUACUACUCCAGGACAGGCGUGAGGAUCAUCAGCAUGUGCUUUGGUGUGACCGACACAGCACUUUACGCCAACCUGGGUUCCUUCGACCAGGACGUAGCUCAAGCCAUCCCGGAGAGAGUGAAGGCCUACCCUACACAAAAAGUACAAACCGCUUCAAGAGCAUUGGUAGAAGCUUACAAAAAUGGUGAAAAUGGAUCUAUAUGGCUGUCCACCAGUGAGAAGCCGGUUAAGGAAAUCACCGAUGUUGUAAAGAAAGCAUACGGCAUGUUAACCGAGCUGGUCUUUAACUAAGAUAAGAAUUUUAGGGCUUUGUUAAAACUGUAUUAUUUAUGCUCGUUUUUACCAUCAAUCCCUAAUUUUUAAGUGGCCCCUAUGGUAACACUUAACAGAAAUUUUGUGGUCACUUAAAAAUUAGGGAUUGAUGGUGAAAACGAGCAUUAGGCUGAGUUGCACCACCUAACUUUGACCGUAACGAUAACCGGUGUUUUUUGUAUGAUCUUUGACAGAUUUUUGAAGUUUGUCAAAGUUAAAGUAAGAUGGUGCAACCCAGCCUAUAGAAAACUAUAAAGAAGAAACUAUUAUUACACGUUGAGCCAGUCAAAUCAAAUUAAAUAGUUUAUUCAGCACUUACGCCCUUUCUAGAGUGCUUAUACACGUCCCAAAUAUAGCUUGCCCUACCACCGCUUCGGGACAAUACAUGGGCUGGUGCUGAGAAGAAUUUUACUUUAUAUAAUUUAUUAUGGAACUUCACUUUGUUUUCUGUUAAGAUGUUUUUACGUUUAACAUAAUGUUCAAUUAAUAUAAUAUUUUGUUAUGACUUUAUUAUGUUUAUUUUAAUAGACUUCAAUCAAAAUCAG